AUGACGCGUCAUGCACAAAGAUCACAAGAGCUUUACAAGCGCUUCAUGGUGUUCUUAAUAGCUCAAGCUCUGCACAUUGCCUGUGAAAAGCCGCCGUCUAGUGAGAUGAUUCAUUUGAUGGUGGCCAAGAUCUCAAGGCGGCUCUGCAAGUUUGGGGAUGUUGACGAUGGAGCAUGGCUUCAUGUUAUCAAGGAUAUCGUCUUAUCAGCCUCUGGAAAGCUGAAGGAGAGAUGGGUCAAUAUUCAGCAACGAAAUGGACAGCCACUUGACCUUGAAACCUUGGCUGAGUUCAUAUUCGAAGAGCAUACCGACUUCUCAUUGCCUGAACUCGAUAAGUUUCUCGCGUCUAUACCCCGGCGUCAACAGUUGUCAAAAACUAAAGAAUUCAAGGCCAAGCCUAUUGCCUUGGCCGUAGAUCCUCUUACUAUCCCCACAGUCAAUGGCUCUGUCAACAAUGACAACAAGUCUUUUGAGCUCGCGGCUGUGGAGACUUGGAUGGAGAAUUACCUCGGCAACUGGCUUGAGUUUCACUUAAGCGGCGAGCAAUCAUGCCACGGUCUAAAGACACUGCUUGAGCACUAUCAUAUGUCUGCGGAUAGAUGA